GAGAUCGCCGCCAUCUGGGAGCGCUCGGACGCCUCCGGCAGCGGCGCCCGCACCAAGCGGCCGCUGAGACCGGUGGGCCGCCCCCCGCCGUACGCCCCCCCCGAGCCGAAGCGGCCGCUGGCCCGGCGCCUCGCCGAGGCCCGCCAGGCGUCGGCGGAGCCGCGCGGCGAGACGCCGGCCGCCUCGGCCCCGCCCUCCUCGCAGCGCCCGGCGAGGGAGGCCGCGCAGCGCUCGAAGGAGCGCCCGCCUCGCGAGCGUCGCGAGGAGAGGUCUUCCGAGGGCGCCGCGCCGCGCGGCAAGAAGCCCUCGUGGUCCGCCUGGCCGGACAGCGGAAAGGCGAAAACGGGCACGUGGUGAUCCCGAGGUGUGCGGGGCCAUCCUGCCCACACUGUGUUGAGGCGGGCGUGUUUUCCGGUGCCGCGGCGGGGGCUCCUCGGGGGCGGACAGGGCAGGAGGCAGCACUGCAGCAUCCAGCCCCGCGCGCCGCGGCGCCGCGCGAUCCCCC